AAACAUCUGCAAUAACGUUUUUUUUCCUUUUCUUAUUUUUUAAAAGCGUUGUUACAAUCUUUGUUAUAAGUUAUAACACACCGUCAGUGUUCCCCACCCCGAGGAACCUUUUUUUAUGCACAUGAAUCAGUUUAUUAUCGACAGAGACGGUAGUUUCCGGUUCACCUUGUGAUUAUUGUUGGAAUAAUAAAAUUGCGGUUUCGUAUACAUAAUACAUAUUACCUAUUGGCUAAUGGCUAUUAUAUUAAACAUAUUUUUUCGCCAUAGCUUUCCAUUCGGCAACCACUACCGUCGUGUCAAUUCACUCUGUGGUUCUACACCAAUUCUCGUAAAUUGUAGAAUAUCCAUUGACCGUGUUGGCCCUUUACUCCUCACUCCUCCCUCCACCGUUAGUCGUUGCAGUCGCGGACAACGCUGAACAGUGAUUACUGAUUAGUGAAAUAGUGAACGCUCGUCACUCGGCAGUUAGUUGUACUUAAACAAACUUCUCGUCAUAGUUGCYGUUGCUCGUUUCGUUCACGUCCGCUUUCGCAUUUCGUCAUCGCCACAUCGUUUCUUUUUUUUCUCAAUCCGACUUCUCAUUGUAUUAUGCAAGUGUAUCACAGUCACCGUCACCAGUUUUUCGAAUAAACAUAAUAUCUUACUAUUUUGGUUGUUGAUCRCCACUGCACAAACAUGAACAAAUUCGUUUUGCCGCUGAUUUUUAUCUGUCUGGUURUUGGCAAUAACGUUAACUGGGGUGUAAAUGGAAUUGAAGGGGACACAGAUUUGAACGAUUUACAAGACACUGUGAAAAAGAAGUUCGAUUCGCUUGCCCCGGGUUUGCCUAAUAUCGAUCAGCUCAAUGAGUCUAUACCAGCCUUAGACGAAGGCGAAAAAGUGUUGAAAGAAAAAUGUUUAAAAAACAGCCAAUCCAACAACUCUUAUGAACUGACUGUGGAGGCGAAGAAAGAAUUUGAAGUUUGCGUAAAAUCCCUUGUUGACGUUACAGAAUUAAAAAAUGAAAUUAAUGAAGCUAAACCUAAAGGAGAUCUUGAUAUGGUAUUUAAAAAAUACUGCAAAAAGUCACCCGAUUUUAAGGAUUGUGUUUUAAACUUCACAUCUACCAUAGAUGUGUGCUUGGAUGAAGGUGAAAAAGAUAGCAAGAAAAUUCUUCAAAGUGUCACAGAAGCUUUAUUAUCAUUUGUAUGCCAUGAUGAGGGUGAUCGUAUUGCAUUAUUCUAUUCAGAGGGUGGUCCAGAUUGUUUAAUGGAUAAAAAGGAAGCUAUACAACACUGUCUAAACACAUCAUUCAGUAAGUACAUGCCUAAUGGUGAACCAAGCUUGUCUAGCUUGCCAGCAUUCAAAUUUGAAGAAGAUCAAUGCAAGAGUAUGUCUGAGCUACAAGUGUGUGUAAUUUCUGAGCUAGAAAAAUGUGGAGAACCAACACCCGCUAACAUUAUCGAGUCAUUGUUCGAGUUUGUACGUCGAUCAACACCAUGCUCUAAAUUUCAGAGUGCUCAAACACGUAAAAAAUCUGCAGGUGUUUCAUUACACGCUACAAUAUCUAUUACAGCGUUAUGUAGUUUAACAAUUCCGUUAGGUCGAUUUGGAUUUUACUAGUAUAUUGGCAGUACUUAAAGAAUAAUUUAUACAACUUUAAAUAAGGCUUAUAAUCAAAAUCCUUAAUAUAUAUUAAGAUCUAUGUUGAACUAAACUAAAUUUAUAUAUUAUAUAUAAAUAUUAGACAGUAAUAUUAUUAUUAAAGAAUACUUGCCCCUUUUUUUAUUUGUAUUGCAAAUAUUAACUUGAACAAAACAAUUUGAACAGUAUAACAUUUUUGUUUAACCAAUUUGUUUUUUUUAAACUAUAAUCAUAAUUUUAUAGUAUUCAAAUUGUA